AUGUUGGGGAGCUCCAAAGAAAUCAGUUUCGUUGUUUGUUUGGUGAAAAGUUGCAAGACUCUGGUUUACUGUGAAAAGGAUUCCUAUGUUUUCGAUGACGGAGAUUCUGAAUCUGCCAAAAACCAUGUUUUCAAAAUUGUUAACCCCAAACUUUUAAAUUUUAACUUUUUUUUUCGAAUUAUUUUUCGGGGAAUAUACGGUGACAUUGGCAUAAAAUACAUCUGUAUCUCGGAUACAUCAUCAAUAUUGCUCAUUUUUCAAAGACUAAAGGAAGAUGUUGAAAUAGAUGUAAACUUGGAGGAAUUCAUCAGUAAAAGGUCAAAUUCUUGUGAAAUUUGUAGUAAAACCUUAUCUCAAAUGACUCACUUAACUAGACACAAACAGUCAUAUAAUCUCUACAAGUCAUAUCACUGUGAUGUCUAUGCUAAACACAAACGUAUUCAUACAGGAGAAAAGCCAUAUUGCUGUGUUACCUGUGGGAAAUUAUUCUCUAGAAAUGACCAUUUAAAUAACCAUAAACGCACCCAUACAGGUGAGCGGCCAUACCAUUGUGAUACCUGUGGUAAAUCGUUUUCUCAAGAUGGUCACUUAAUUAGACACUUACGUAUUCAUAAAAAGCAGUAA